AUGGGCUUUUUCGACCACCUCCAGAAAGGAGGGUCUUUUUCACUCCAGGCGAAGAAGACUCAAGUCCGCAAAGUCGUCCAGACAAAACCGGCUACCCCGACAAGGCCUUCCGCUCAAACUCUAGAUUCAAGAUCCCCUGGAGUCCAGUCCUCGUCGGAACGGAGCCGCAAGACACACGCGGUCAAAGCCCGAUCGGUUUCGAAUGAUGCAGACGCUCGCUCCUCCAAACGACUAUCCACCCCCAGCCGCCCGCGGAAACGACCGACCCCAGAGAUACGCCUUUCGAGCGACGACGACGAUGACAAUGUCGGUGACAGUGAUACUUCCUUUGAAGUACGCAAGCGCGCGCGGACAAGCGCCAGCGCGGAACCUGAUCCGGAGCGGCGCAUUCGCUCGGUAAAGGCCUUUUCGGAUGAAGGAAGCCGGCCUUUCAAGAUGGUACAUGCUGCGGACAUAACCUCGGGCCAGAAGGCAGGCAAAUUUAAGCCGGCCUUUGGUGCCGCGAGUAAGCCGAAGGAAAUUCUUUUGCAGUACCCCAGUGCUUCGCAAAAAGAAAGAUUCGAUUGCAUGGUACCGAAAGACAACGAUGAUUUCCGGCCUAUCGACGAUAUCGUCCAGGCGAUUGAGACCGUCAUCGACAACUACAUUCCGAGCGAAGAGGCAGAGGAAUUUAUUGACGAGACGACUGGCAUUCGACGGAGGCUGCGCCGUGCGUUGGCAGUGACAUCGGAGACACAGUUCCUUGAGGCUGUGGAGGAUUAUAAUAAGGCGGUCGAGCGGCUGAGAAUUAGCGGCAGUCUGGCCAAGACUUUGGAUGCGACUCAGCGUAUUGAUCUACCAUGGGUAGAACGGAUUCUCAACCAAACCUAUGCCCGUACGGUAUCCCCUCGAGUCGAGUCUUUGCGGCAAUAUGAAAACGGCACAGACAACGUCUAUGGUGAACUUCUCCCCCGGUUCAUCAGCACCAUUUUCAAGGAGACAAAGUUGAAAUCGGGUCAAGUGUUCGUCGACCUUGGCUCCGGUGUGGGCAACGUUGUCUUGCAAGCCGCGCUUGAAAUAGGCUGCGAGAGUUGGGGUUGUGAGAUGAUGGCCAAUGCUUGUGAUUUGGCAGAGUUGCAGCAGGCCGAGUUCAAGGCCCGUUGUCGACUUUGGGGAAUUGCGCCUGGUAAGACACAUCUUGUCCGGGGCGAUUUCCUUGAGCAGGAGAGCAUCGUCAAUGUCUUGAAACGGGCCGAUGUGGUGCUCAUCAACAAUCAGGCAUUCACACCUCAACUUAACAAUGAACUGAUCAACCAUUUCCUCGAUAUGAAGGAGGGGUGCAAGAUUGUCUCAUUGAAGUCAUUCGUUCCUGCCGGCCACAAGAUCCAGUCUCGCAAUCUCAACUCUCCUAUCAAUCUCCUCAAAGUCCAGCAAAAGAACUACUGGUCUAACAGCGUCAGCUGGACCGACGUUGGUGGCACAUAUUUCAUUGCCACCAAGGAUAGUUCGCGCUUGAAAGCUUUCAUUGACGACUCUUUUUGA